AUGUCUGAUCAUCAAGAGGAGCAAACUCUAUCUAAUUCAGAUAACAGUGGCGAAAUUAGUACAGCAGAUAGAUCAUUGAGAGGGAAGAGAGCUAUUAACACAGUUGAUGGUGGAGAAGAUCAUCGUGAUCAUCAAUCUCAUGCCUCAUCAGAGAGAGAACGAAGGAAGAGGAUGAGGCUUUAUCUCAGAGAACUUCAAACUCUGGUCCCUUCUGUUCAUCAUGUCAAGGCAGACAAGGCAACCAUUGUUGAAGAAACGAUGAAGUACAUCAAAACCCUAGAAGAUACUCUUGAAAAUUUGGAAAAGCUGAAGAGAGAGAGACUCCGAUUAUCUGCAUCCAAUUUGGCUUUUUAUUAUCCCACUGGUAAUGUUGCUAGUGGCGCCUUCACAACAGCUCGCCUGCAGGGAUCUUCUUCCUGCACAGCCAAUCCAAAUCCAAUAGGGCUUCGAACUUGGAUUUUCCCAAACGUGGUAGUGAACAUUUGCGGUGAAGAUGCUCAGUUUAGCAUGUGCUUUCCCAAUAAGGAAGGCCUUUACAGUGCCAUUUAUUAUGCUCUUCAGAAGCACAAUAUUCAGGUUUUGUCUGCCAACAUCUCAUCUGAUGAUUAUAACAGCUCCUAUAAGAUUCAAGCUCGUCUUUUGAAGGCAAAUAAUUCAGCUGGGGCAUUAUUUUCAGUGGAGGAAACAUUCAAAGAAGCGGCAAGAGACAUAUAUCUUCUCUCUCCAGUAUGA